AUGGCGUCAUCUGGUAUUAAAAAGUGGAUUGAAGAUAACAUGACUCUUAUGCAUGAAACGUAUAAUUAUUCUCCAUCAGUUCUACUUGCUGGUUCGAUUUCUAAUCGCUUUCGUGAAUUUUAUGAUUCAAGUAGCGUGGGCUUAGCACAUCUAUUUCUAUAUAACCUCCUCUCUAAGAAAUAUCCAGCGCAGGAUUACUUAAAGGAGUUGGUAAAGUUGGGAAAAGCGGAUCCAUUUUCUCGAUUUGUAGAUGCAAGCUCUAUUUUUGCACCAGAAAAAUUACGAAAAGUUGUAAAAUGGUUUUUGAAGGGAAGUUUUGUAAAACAAUUCAUGCGCGAAAAGACCAAGCUUACUUUGAAACAAUUAGUAAGAGCAGAAGUUCUCCGGGACGCUCUUGAAUCUAUCACAUUUGUAACACAUUCAAUGGCAAAUUUACAAGUGAUACAAAAUGCUGAAUAUUGGGGUCGUACAUAUCCUAAUAGUAGCUACUAUUUCAAGAGAGGUGGUGUAAUUAGUGUUAUUGAUAAUACUAUUGAACAGUGGUCGGAUGUUGGAUAUACCAGAUCUAUAUCAGAAAAACUGAAAAAUCAAGUAGAGCUCAAUGAGGAUGAUUUGAAAAUAGCCGAUUUUCAACAUAUCCAUAAUAUGGAGAGUGUUAAAUGGGACAAAUCCCUCAACACAGAAAUUCUCAAGUCAUUUAACGAAUUCCUUGAACUAGGUUCUGUAAAAGCACUGGAAGGUAGAAAUCAUAUAUUAUAUGAAGUAGUAAAGGAUAGUAGAGACAAUUUGGAACAGAAUUUAGAGAAUACUAUUUUCUUCGGACGCAUACUUAAUUCAUUAAAAAUUGAAUCAAAUUUACGCAAAUUUUUUCGACGUGCCCGUAACUUUGCCAAUUUCAUACUCGAUCGAGCCGAAAAAAAUGUCGAUCACGCCAUUUGGUUCGGUAUCAAACUCAAUCUCGAUAAAGUAAUGAGGGUUGUUGAUGAAUUGCAUAAAUUACAACGUAAACUGAGUAAUAAUGAGUCAUGGAACUUGACAGGAGCGUUUAUUGAUGUGAUUGAGGAUUUAGUGGAAGUACUUACUAAUAGGACCUCACGUAACCCAAUUGAUGUACCCCUCAAUUUCGGGAUGCCAACAAUCUCCAACCUCUACGGAAGUAUGAGUGUGGAUGAAAGAAGAAUUGAGUUUCAGCAGAGUAUGUGUUCGGACCAUUGCGGGGCCAUUUGGAAAGCCAUUCUAGCCUUCACAAUGUCAACAUUACGUAAUCCGGGUUCUAUAAAAUCUUAUGAAAAAAAUCUAUCCUCCACCUCAUCAUUAUCGGAAUUGAAUAGUCCCAAUUAUGUGAAUAAUGUAAGAUUUAUGCUGAAAGGAGAUGCAUGGAGCGGGUUUUAUGAUACUUUGCUACCAAAAUCUAUGAGAAAUGAGUUAGAAGUUAUGGCAUACGGUAAAUCAUUCUACAUUGCCAAUAUAUUAAAAUUGGCUUCAGUUCUAAUGAAUAGAAUGGGAUAUGUGUAUACUGCAACAACGAUGAAAGUUCAGGCACCUUAUUUUGGUAAUUUCACAACUCAAUGGAUGAAAGAAAGGAAGAAAAAUCGCAAUAAAAUCUUAUUCUCAGCUUUAGCAUUGGGUACAAUGGCAACUUACACUGUGUUGGAAUGUAUGGAUAUAGCUCAACAUGCUGUUGAUGUGGGACACCCUCCAGUCGAAACGUGUUGGUAUUUGGUAAAACCCCCAAGCAUGCACUGUGCAAUAGAGCCAGUAUCGAAUCUGGCAAUUUCAGCAAGUUCAGUAGCCAUUAGAGACGUGUUUUCAUCAACAAUAUUGGCUUUGUCAGGGCCAUAUAUGAUGAUUCCAAUGGGAAUUUAUGCCAGUUGGACGCUACUUAAGAGACAAUUUAAGAUAUUACACAGAUUAGAUAUAGCGUUAAGUUCAGUAUUUUCAAGGCUUUGGAGAAGAGUUAACACUAAGGACAUGAUCAGAAGUAUAGCACACUUGUUUAGUAAUCGGAAACAGUAUAGAAAGGAAAUAGAAGCAGCUGCAUUAGAGAGUAAAAGAACUGGAAAUGAAGAAGUUAAAACACAAACAGGCUUUGCAGAUGAUGGAAAUACUUUCUCAUACACACAUAUGGACUAA